GGCAGCCGGGUGAGCCAGGAGCUGCGCUACACCAAGGAGAAGCUGGGCGAGGAGUCAGUCUACACCUCCCAAAUGUUGAUCCAGACCCCGAAACGGGAUGGGGAGAACAUCCUGACUCAGGAGGCCCUGCAGCUCCACCUCGAGGCGGCCCUGGCCGCCAGCAAAGUCCAAGUCUCGCUGUACGGAAAAUCGUGGGAUUUGAAUAAGAUCUGCUACAAGUCGGGUGUCCCUAUCAUUGAGAACGGCAUGAUUGAGAGGAUGAUAGAGAAGCUGUUCCCCUGCGUGAUCCUGACGCCACUGGACUGCUUCUGGGAAGGCGCCAAGCUGCAGGGAGGCUCAGCUUACCUCCCGGGACGCCCGGACAUCCAGUGGAGCAACCUGGAUCCUCUGCAGCUGAUGGAGGAGCUGGGGCAGUUCACAUCCCUGGAAGGCUUCAAAGAGCUGCUGGAUAAGGCAGAGGUGGGGCAGGCUUACAUGGAGCGGCCCUGUCUGGACCCCCACGACCCCCAGUGCCCUCCCAGCGCUCCCAACAAGCAGAGCCAGCAGAGCCCUGACAUCCCAGCCGAGCUCUCAGGGGGCUGCCACGGCUUCUCCAGGAAGUUCAUGCGCUGGCAGGAGGAGCUGAUUUUGGGCGGCACGACCAAAGACUCCCAGGGCAAGCUGCUACGUGCUGAGGCCCUGCAGACCAUGUUCCUCCUCAUGAGCCCACGGCAGCUCUUUGAGCACUUCAAGGACGACUACGAGAUCCAUGACAUCAGCUGGAGUGAGGAGAAGGCGGGUGCCAUCCUGGAGGCGUGGCAGAGGAAAUUCGUGGAGCUGGCACAGGACUCCAUUCCACCCAACGCCACGCAGAGUGUCCAUGCUUUCUCCACCACCACGCUCAAUGACAUCAUGAAGUCUUUCUCCGACGUCAGUGCCAUCCGGGUGGCCGGGGGCUACCUCCUCAUGCUGGCCUACGCCUGUGUCACCAUGCUGCGGUGGGACUGCUCCAAGUCCCAAGGGGCCGUGGGCCUCGCUGGGGUCCUGCUUGUGGCCCUCUCUGUGGCCUCUGGUCUGGGGCUUUGUUCCCUGCUGGGCAUUUCCUUCAACGCUGCCACCACCCAGGUCCUGCCCUUUCUGGCCCUUGGCAUUGGUGUGGAUGACAUGUUCCUCUUGGCUCAUGCCUUCACUGAGACCAGCCAACACAUCCCCUUCAAGGAGCGGACAGGUGAGUGCCUGAAGCGCACAGGGACCAGCGUGGCCCUCACCUCCGUCAGCAACAUGAUUGCCUUCUUCAUGGCAGCCCUGGUGCCCAUCCCGGCCCUGCGUGCCUUCUCCCUCCAGGCUGCGGUGGUUGUGGUGUUCAACUUUGCCAUGGUGCUAUUUGUCUUCCCUGCCAUUCUGAGCCUGGACCUGCACCGCCGGGAGAAACGCCGACUUGACAUCCUCUGCUGCUUUUACAGCCCUUGCUCCUCACGGGUCAUCCAAAUCCAACCCCAGGAGCUCGCCGAUGCCAAUGACAACCAUGCCUGCCACCCCUCCCCUUACGGGCACCCUGGCGUGACCACCAGCACCCAGAUAACCACCACUGUGCAAGCUUUCACUCGGUGUGACCCCUCGGGCCACCACGUCGUCACUGUCCUGCCACCCACCUCCCAGGUGUGCACCUCACCCACGGUUCUCCUGCCCCCCACCGACCCCCUGGGCUCGCAGGUCUUCACCCCAUCCAGCUCCACCCGGGACCUGCUGGCCCAGAUGGACGAGGCCAAGGGUGGGCGGGAAUGUGUCCCCCUGCCCUUCUGCCGCUGGAGCCUUGCUGACUUCGCCCGAGAGAAGUACGCCCCGCUCCUCCUGCGAACCCGGACCAAGGCGGUGGUGGCAGUGCUGUUCCUGGCACUGCUGGGGCUGAGCCUCUAUGGCACCACCAUGGUGCACGAUGGGCUCUACCUGACAGACAUCGUGCCGCGGGACACCAAGGCGCACGCCUUCAUCUCGGCCCAGUUCAAGUACUUCUCCUUCUACAACAUGUUCAUCGUCACCAAGGGUGGCUUCCACUACCCGGGCGCCCAAGCUGCUCUGCUCAGCCUGCACCAGGCCUUCAGCACCGUCAAGUACGUGGUGCGGGAGGGCAACCAUGACCUGCCCAAGAUGUGGCUCCACUACUUCCAGGACUGGCUGCGAGGGCUCCAGGCCACCUUCGACAGGGACUGGCAGGCUGGGCGCAUCACCCAUGACAGCUACCGCAACGGCUCAGAGGACGGCGCGCUGGCCUACAAGCUCCUGAUCCAGACUGGCAACAAGAAGGAGCCCUUCAACUUCAAUCAGCUGACCACACGGCGGCUGGUGGAUGAGAAUGGCAUCAUCCCCCCUGACACCUUCUACAUCUGCCUGACGGUUUGGGCCAGCAAUGACCCCCUGGGCUUCGCCGCCUCCCAGGCCAACUUCUACCCUCCACCGCCUGAGUGGAUCCAUGACAAGUAUGACACCACGGGCGAGAACCUGCGAAUCCCAGCAGCCCAGCCGCUGGAGUUUGCCCAGUUCCCAUUCUACCUGAGCGGGCUGCGUCGCACAGCCGACUUCGUGGAGGCGAUCGAGAGCGUUCGGGCCAUCUGCCGGGAGGCUGCCCAGCGCCAUGGGGUGCUGAGCUACCCCAGCGGCUACCCCUUCCUCUUCUGGGAGCAGUACAUCGGCCUGCGCCACUGGUUCCUGCUGGCCAUCAGCAUCCUGCUGGCCUGCACCUUCCUGGUCUGUGCCCUGCUGCUGCUCAACCCCUGGACGGCCGGCAUCAUCGUCUCCAUCCUGGCCAUGAUGGCAGUGGAGCUGUUUGGCAUCAUGGGGCUGAUGGGCAUCAAGCUGAGUGCCAUCCCUGUGGUCAUCCUCAUCGCUUCAGUGGGCAUCGGCGUCGAGUUCACUGUUCACGUGGCCCUGGGCUUCCUGACGGCUGCAGGGAGCAGGAACGUGCGCUCGGCCGCCGCGCUGGAGCACACCUUCGCUCCUGUGAUGGAUGGUGCUGUUUCCACCCUCCUGGGUGUCCUCAUGUUGGCUGGCUCUGAGUUUGACUUCAUCAUGAGGUACUUUUUUGCAGUGCUCACCAUCCUGACACUGCUGGGGCUGCUCAAUGGGCUGGUGCUGCUGCCUGUCCUGCUCUCCAUCAUUGGGCCACCCCCUGAGGUAUGA